AUAACAUUCGAAAUAUUUUCAGAUAUAAUUAAAAUUUUGGUUGUCAGAUAAUGACAAGUCGAGAGGAUUGGAUUGACAUAACAGAUACACACCAGUUUGAUGUGUUGUGGGCGUUUCGAAAAUAUGAGUGCCCAAAGUACAUGUUUGCUGGCGAAUAUAAUAGACAAAAGAUCAAGGAAAGUGUGUUGAAAGCUCAUCGCAUCAAAGAUGCUAUUGAGAAGUAUAAACAAGAGAAAGAAGUUGAUUUAAACACUGCCUACACACAAGCAUCCGACAUUAUUGAUGAAAUCUCGCAUGCGUUCAGUAUCUCGACAAUCCGUUUAAUGGCGUUGGUACUGAUGAAAAUUAUUCGAACCCUCUUUCGACAUGUGUUGGUCAAUAAAAAAGGACUUGAAACGUUUCGUAAGUGUGUGAAGCAUACUCCAAUUGUACUUGUUCCUACGCACAACAGUUACUUUGACUUCCUACUGGCGUCUUAUAUAUGUUUUGCUAUGGAUUUGCCAUUACCUGCUAUUGUUAGUGGUCAAGACUUCUUGAGCAUGGCAGUUGUCAACCAUCUACUGCGUGGUUCAGGAGCUUUUUAUAUGCGUCGCUCGUUUGCUUCGGAUAGCUUCUAUCGCAGUAUAUUUACAGAAUAUACGCAGCAAGUGUUGUGUUCCGGAGAAAGACCAAUCGAGUUCUUUCCAGAGGGAACGAGAAGUAGAAGUGCUAAAGCUUUACAACCCAAAGUUGGACUGCUGUCAAUGGUGUUGGAAAGUUUCUUUCAUGGUUAUGUGCAAGAUGUUUCAUUUAUUCCGAUGAGUAUCAGCUUUGAGAAGAUUACGGAGGAACAACUGUAUAUGUUUGAGUUACUUGGUUUACCUAAACCAAAGGAGUCGUUGUCAGGACUUUUGAAAGCUCGUUCUAUCUUGAAAUCUGACUUUGGUACAGUGUCUGUUCACUUUGGUGAAGUCAUGUCUUUACGAGAAUACUGUCUUGGCAAAAUUAAUGGUAUGGAUUAUGUAAAUAUACCAAGAUGUGAAAGACAUUUGAAGAUAUUCGGAAGAGAAGCCCAAGAAAUGCAAAUUGCGAAAUAUUUUGGUGAGAAGUUGAUACAUACGCAACAAUCCAAUAUGGUGAUAUAUCCUAGAUGUGUUGUCGCAACUCUCUUAUUACAUAAAAAUGGUGAGAGUAUGAAAUUAGCUGAUAUAUCAUAUCAAGUAGAUAAAAUUGGUAGCAUGUUACGAAGGUUUGGUUGUAAAAUGCUUGAUUUUGAAGACAUACUGACGAACAAAGUAAAGGUUCAGAAAGCAGUAGAAAUGUCCGACCUUGUAUUAAGCAUUGAUUCCGACGAACAUGUGAAAUAUUGUUAUUCCACUUUGACUGAUGAGAGUAUGAAACAGACAAACUUAUAUAAAACAUUUGGUUCAGAGUCAGACUUGAUAUCGAAGUCUCUUGGGUAUAUUUACAUCUCACGUCAGCGUAACAAACUCAUGCACAGUUGCUUAUUGCCUGCCAUAUUUCUACAUUCACUCAAUGUUGGUCAACAAGAAGAAGAAAUUAACCGUUUAUUUGUAUUUUUAUGUGAAUUAUUUAAAAUUGAAUUUAUAUUUGAUCCAGAUGUGACCGUGAAGCAGAGUUUUACGGAAACAAUGGACACACUCACCCAAUUAAAUAUCAUUAGAAGUUCAUUCCAAUUAAACGAAGUAAAGACAGACGAAAUUACAUUUCUUUUAGCGUUGUUACAACCUUUUAUCGAUGCUUACCUGAUUGUCAUCGAAUCCAUUUUAACAAAUUCAUUCGAUUACCCAGUCUCCUUAAAAACCAUGACGACGUCGUUACAACUUCUUGCAGCUUCAGUUAUAAAAAAUACUCACCUGGACACGUAUGAGUGUCUCUCUUUGAACAUGUUAUCAAAUGCUGUGACAUCUCUUUGCAAAAAUCGUUUGCUUUUGACUGUUAAAAACGAAAAUUUUGAAAACUUAAUAAAUGAUGUAAACUCAGAGAAAUUGCAAAUCACUAAACGGACACUUGUUCGAUUUGCGUCAUCCAAAUUAAAGACAGGAUUCUCCAAAGCAAGACUUUAGAUAUUUAUAAAUAUAAUCAUUUAAUCUAUUUUUAAUCUAUAAGACUUAAAAUAAUAGCGCAUUUGGCAAACAGGAAUGUAACAAAGUUUUUUAAUAAAUUUCUUUUUCUCGAGUAUUUUGUGGGGAACGUUUUAUUGCGGUGAUUGACAUUUUCGUAAUCUUUUUUUAUAUAGCUGUAUUUAUAUUCAUGUAGAUGAAGGAAAUAUCUUCAUAUGAUCGACUUUUCUCUAUUCCCGUAUUCACGUGUUUGUAUUUAUAAGCAACUACAAUCCCGGACUUAAUUUAUUGGAAAAGCGGGCCGAAUUUCACAGUUCGUCCCACAAGCAGUUAUAAACACUGUUUCUACAAAAGACAAAGUCAUUACGAACGUGUCAAAGUUCACUUGUCAAUGAUCGAAAACGAACUAAUUUUUGCUGACGUAAGCACACCCGUUUCCCCGAAUUUUAUCACCUUAGCGGGCCGUCUUGUGGAUUGUUCCGAAAUGCGGACAUGGCAGAAACUGCCAGUAGCGCAUUUUCGACGCUAUUUAGCUGGCCUACACAACUCCCAAAGCGAAGCUUUUGCAGCCUACCGGCUGCAGAACUUUGACAAGGCGAUUCCAUUUGGCCAGUUCGAGAAAUAGCCAAAAAUCGGCCUUUUCCAAUAAUAUUAUGUCCAGGAUUGCAGUAUAUAUCCAACUUUACUAAGGAAAACUUUAGUAUUAGCAAUAUUGGGUGUGAGCAACAAUGUGUAUUUUUUUUCAUUAAAAGUCGAAAUAUUUUCAAUUUUUAGCAAUAUUUGAACUGUAGAAAGUUGAAAAGCCAAUCUCGCCCCCAGGUCUUUAGGUUUCUCGCCAGCGCUACGUUUAUUGAUCCGUCAUAUCGCCGUCAGAUAUACAAAAACUAUAGCAGAUUCUGGGAUCGAGGUUCAUGUGAAGCUUGAACAUUAAAAAUAAAUCACUUUCUCGACCCCAGAGCUCUGUGAGAUAAACCCGGAAAGUAGGUAUCUCAAAGAGCUUGGGAUGAGAAUGGAUAACCCGCACUUUUUAGUAUUGUUUUGAUACUGGUAUUGUUUAAUACAAUCUUGACGCUUAUUCGACAA